AUGAAAUAUCCAAGUGAGCCAUCAAUUGGCGUAAACGAUUUGAAAAUAAUUCAAAUUCCACGUCCUAUGAAUCAAUAUCCACAUCGACAACCAACACAUCCUCGUCACAAUUAUAAUGCAUCAUCAACACCACUCACAACAUCAUGUAGUGUUAUUUUAUCUGAAAACAGUGAAGGAAAUGAGUUUGAUCGUAAAGACAAACAGGCAUCACAAAUGAACGUUUACAAAAAGAGAAAAAUAAAUAACGAUCAUCUGCCUUGGUUAUCGACUAAUGAUUUAUCAACAGCACAAGAAUUAGAAUAUGAUUUUGAAAUUGAAAAGGAUCCAGUUGCAAUCAGCUCAUCAUUUGAUGCACUUAUAAAAGGUAAAUAUGGUUUUGAAGCGGAUCCUGUUGAAGUUUGGCUGGUAUUUUCACCAACAAAAUAUUAA